ACCCGAGUUUCCUCAAUUGACCAGCAGCGCCAAGUGAAAGGCAGUGGCAUCCAGGAGAGAGGAGAGAAGACACGAAAAACUCGGCUGUAGCUGCCUUAAAACCACUUUAUCUAUUGUUUUUCUUUUUACCCGCUGGAUCAGAUGUUUGUGUUUGACAGUGGUCGGCGGCUGUAGCCCUGUGAUUCCCGGAUUAAAUGACCACCGGUGACAUCGUUGCUCUUUCUGCUGCUGCACCAUUAAUGUGGGUGCUCAACACGCCCGGAUUUCUCUGAAGCCGCUUUUCGGAUCCUUCUGUCGGCACAAUGACUCGGGUUUUCUGGGAUGCUAUUUUACUAAUAAGCGGUUCCUUCUUUACAUUUGGAGCAGGGCCCAGAGGUUCAUCUGUGAUUGAAGCUAACAUUUUCAUUGACACUAUCUCCACUGCUGCUCCAGAAGCAUCCAGUAGCAACUCUUUGACCACCAGUGACAAAGGAACAACUACACCUAACUUUUUUACAGUUAAAAGUUCUUUUGGGUCAUCAGGAGCAGAGCAAACAAAUGCAACAGUCACAGAUGCUGCAGAUACUCUUAAUGCCUCUGCUGUUGCUACUUCUUACACCCCAACAAGCAACUCCCCAACAACCAGCAACGGCACAACCUCAACAACCAGAAGACCUGCUGCAACAACCAGCAAACCAGUUAAAAAGUUUGUGGCUGCAGCUGUUCGGUCUCAUUUCGAUGAUUGUCCUGACUCUCAUCGGCAUUUCUGCUUUCAUGGCACCUGCCGCUUCCUGAUCCUGGAGGAGACGCCUGCAUGUGUGUGUAAUCCAGGUUUUGUCGGGAUGAGGUGCGAGCACGCAGAUCUGCUAGCUGUGGUAGCAACCAACCACAGAAAGCAGGCUGUAGCCACGGUGCUAGUGCUGUGCGUGAUCGGGUGUGUCCUCAUCAUGGUGUUGUGUUCGUUCUUACACUGCUGGUGGAGGGAAGACUGUCGGAGACGAAGCCGUGCACAUCUCUAUGUGGCGGAAAAGCAUGGAGCGACAUGCUAUCCACCAGAGAGUGUGGUUUGACGAGACAUCUUGUUGGAGAACACACUGUUUGAAACGUUGCAUGUUUCUCAUCUGCGUGGCACCUUCGACCUCGGAGAUUCAUCCAAAAUGAUCCAGAACAGCAGAGGCAAAGUGCUGUUAUCUUCAAUGGGACUAAGGUAGGGCUUAUUCAGUGGGAGGUGAGAUUCUCCAUUAUACCCCCCUCCCCAAUCUGCCCACACUGACUGGGACUUUUGGACAGCAAAAGACGAUGGAUCCGUGCACCUUGCUCUUACUUUCAAUGGAAAUAGACUCAGAACUAAAACAGUUUGGACCUGAAAUUAUGCAUGGAAAGGAGCUUUAUGUUCUUAUUACCGUUUCUGGAGGACAUCAUCUCCACUGACUCUGCUAAACUGUCAACCAUUUUUAAUUAAUGGCUACAGGACAACAGUGAGUUCUUCUCAUUUUUCAGAAGACCACAAUUCCUGCUUUUGUCUUUUAUCUGUGCACGUUUUUCCUCAAAACUCGUUGAGCACAAAGAACAUUUUAGUAACUGAUGGUGUGGGGAAACGGAUGCUUUAAACAUGUUUUAGUGUCUGUUUAUUUUUUUUAAAGGAGUAACUCACUUCACCUGAUGGACGUAGGAAUUAUUUAAUUGGUCUGACUGCUGUCAUAUUUCCUGGACUUUUAGCUUUUAUAAACCAAGACUGCAACCUAAAAUUGUAACUUAGAGGAAAAUCUUUAUCUCUCCUGCAUUAUUAAAGUUGCCAGUUUAUUGUAAUUCCUGAGCUUCACUUGAACAUAUUCAGAUGGUUUGGUUUCAUAUUUGCAAGCUGUAACAGUACCAACGUAUGCACAUCCUGGAUGGCCACUUUUUAUUUCUAUGCUACUUUGAUAAUGGUGCAUUUUUUAAGUUUGCUUGCUCUUUUAAUAUAUAUAAACUUUACACACUGCACAUUGUUGUCCUUUAAAUAGCAUCCACACAUGGAGAUGCCAAAAUAAAAUCACAAACACUGCCUGAAUGAGCACUGAUGGGAAGAAGCACUGUUUGUACACACUAUCUAAGGAUGCAUGCAUGUUUUCAAUGCGAUAAACAACAAAAAAAGUGGUGUGUUGCAGCUUUGGCUUUACUUUGACUUUAAUAUUUCUUUUUAAGAGAAAAGCCUCUGGAUGUUUAAAGAAAUCUUUGAAGUAACUGAUAAUACUGGCAUGCCUGAGUGUAUGUGCUUUGUGUGGAAAAAAAAACAGAUUAAUGAAUGUUAUGGUAUUUGGAUGCCAAAAAAAAAAAAAAACUCCCAAGAUGAUGAUAAAAUUGCUUUUGUUUGUUUACAAGAUCUGAUAUUUUUUUUUUUUCUGAUGUGUCAAAGACAAAAUAAAUCAGUCUAAGAUAUUAUUAGUAAAACCUUCUAAAAUGUGUUGUACCUUUUCUCUGUCAGAUUUCUGUUGUCACAGCUGGAAAGCUUCACUUAUUUGUUUGCUUUCCAAUGAAAGAUUAAAUAUCAAAGUGUU